UGCUCUCCAGUUAUGCUCAGUGCAGUACUAUCUCUUCAGGUAUGAGCUCCUAACACAAGAACAGUAUUUGCCAAUAUUGAAUGAAUGGACACGGAGACUUGGAGAAAUGGAAAGUACUUCGGCUCCGAGAGCGUUUCAGCACCACUUUCACUGGACAGCGCAACAGCUUUUCCCACUUGGUAUCGCGCUUUGGGAGAAUUGCGUGUGAUUUCCGUACGUGGGGAAUGGAGUUUGUCGUAUUGGGGGCCAUCGUACCUCAAGUGAUUAACGAGAUACCCAAAAAUCUGCAGUCGACUGUGUUUAGGUGAUCAUACUGGAGGUGUUUGGCAACAGCGGCGGCAGAUAGAAGAAGGAAGGCUCACAGGUGGGUGAAGCUUUGUGUUCGCAGCUCAAGACCCCCAACCUCCUCCACUAGGAGACAGGGCGAUUGAAAACCUAGAGGGAGCAAGGGACCAAAGACGUACGGUUAACCUUUAAUCUCAUCAAAGGACUCUAGAGGAAGUUCCUUGACAGGAGAUAAAGCGGAUUGACUCAGAACUGCUGCCUAAAGAACCCGAUGAGCAUUCCAUUCAAUUACAAACCCAUCGCUACGUGACAUACCUAUGAACUUUAAAAGAUUGUGCCCUGUGAAAGGGUGCCUCCAUUGACCCAUCAACUCAGUUGUGACAUCUCAGAUCUAAAAAUAGACACGCUUUGGUUGAAACCGCCUUGCUGCAAUGUCUUCAGCCAUGGGCAAAAUGGUUGGAUGGACCAACCGUCGCUGUCAAGGCUCAGCAUUGGUUCUUCUCUACCUCUUUCUGACUGCUUUGGCUGCGAGGCCCAAAGGUCCAGGCCACACGCAUCUAAACUCUAUCCGGAUUGAUGGGGACAUUUCAUUGGGCGGCCUGUUUCCAGUUCAUGCCCGGGGUCACGAGGGCAAACCCUGCGGUGAGCUGAAAAAGGAAAAGGGCAUCCAUCGUCUGGAAGCUAUGCUCUUUGCUCUGGACCGCAUCAAUAAUGACCAUGAACUGCUCCCAAACAUCACACUGGGCGCCCGCAUUCUGGACACAUGCUCGCGAGACACUCAUGCUCUGGAGCAGUCUCUCACUUUUGUCCAGGCACUCAUCGAAAAGGACGGCACGGAUGUGAAGUGCCAAGGUGGAGGAUCGCCCAUCAUUACCAAGCCAGAAAGGGUGGUGGGUGUCAUUGGAGCGUCGUCCAGUUCCGUGUCUAUAAUGGUGGCUAAUAUCCUCCGUCUGUUCAAGAUUCCCCAGGUGAGUUAUGCCUCCACGGCUCCUGAGCUGAGCGACAACACCCGUUAUGACUUCUUCUCCCGCGUGGUACCGCCGGACACCUAUCAGGCACAGGCUAUGGUGGAUAUAGUCAGGGCCAUGCGCUGGAAUUACGUCUCCACAGUGGCGUCGGAGGGGAAUUACGGAGAGAGCGGCGUAGACGCAUUCAUCCAGAAAUCUCGGGAAGAGGGAAGUGUGUGUAUCUCACAGUCGGUGAAAAUCCCCCGUGAGCCGAAACCAGGGGAGUUUGAUAAGAUAAUUCAUAGACUGGGAGAAAAUCCGAAUGCGAGGGUUGUUAUUAUAUUUGCAAAUGAGGACGAUAUAAGGAGGCUACUGCAGGCGGCAAAAAAAGCCAAUCAGACGGGUCACUUCCUGUGGGUGGGGUCAGAUAGCUGGGGCUCGAAGAUAUCGCCAGUGCUUCACCAGGAGGAAAUGGCCGAGGGAGCUGUCACCAUCCUACCCAAGCGACAGAACAUCAGAGGCUUUGAUCGCUACUUCACUAGCCGCACACUCGAGAACAACCGGAGGAAUAUCUGGUUUGCGGAGUUCUGGGAGAACAAUUUCAACUGCAAGCUCAGCCGCCAUGCCUUGAAGAAGGGAUCCGGCGUUAAGAAAUGCACAAAUCAAGAGAGGAUCGGAAAAGACUCGUCCUACGAGCAAGAAGGAAAGGUGAUGUUCGUGAUUGAUGCAGUGUACGCAAUGGCGCACGCCCUCCACAACAUGCACAAAGACCUCUGCCCUGGCAAGGUGGGACUCUGUUCCAAAAUGGACCCAGUUGAUGGAACCCUCCUGCUAAAGUACAUCCGCAAUGUCAAGAUAGCAGGCAUUGCCGGCAGUCCGGUGCAGUUCAAUGAGAAUGGAGAUGCCCCAGGCCGUUACGAUAUAUAUCAGUACCAGAUAAAGAACAAAACAGCUGAAUACAAGACCAUCGGCCACUGGACUGACCAACUUUACCUAAAUAUGCGGGCGAUGCAGUGGCCAGGUGGAGGGAAGCAGGUGCCGACUUCCAUCUGCAGUCAGCCCUGCAAACCCGGGUGGCGCAAGAAGAUCGUUAAGGGCAUUUCCUGCUGCUGGCACUGCGAGCGCUGCGAUGGUUACCAGUAUCAGUACGACCUCUACUCCUGCAAGAUGUGCCGCUUUGAUUUAAGACCUAACAAGAAUCACACAGGCUGCCAGCCUAUUCCGAUUGUAAAGCUGGAGUGGAGCUCACCCUGGGCAGUCAUACCGGUCCUGAUCGCUAUUCUCGGCAUCAUAGCCACUCUUUUUGUUGUGGUCACCUUCAUUCGCUACAAUGACACGCCGAUUGUUAAGGCAUCCGGACGGGAGCUCAGCUACGUCCUGCUUACGGGAAUCUUUCUGUGUUACGCCACCACCUUCCUGAUGAUCUCGACCCCAGAUAUAGGGAUCUGUUCACUCAGGCGAAUUUUCCUGGGGCUCGGGAUGAGCAUCAGCUAUGCGGCGCUGCUCACCAAAACCAAUCGGAUUUAUCGGAUUUUCGAGCAGGGAAAAAUGACAGUGAGCGCGCCACGCUUUAUCAGUCCGGCUUCGCAGUUGGUAAUUACCUUCAGCUUGAUUUCCGUUCAGCUCCUAGGGGUGUGCAUCUGGUUCGCAGUGGACCCUUCCCAAGCUCUCAUUGACUACGAGGACCAGCACACGGCAGAUCCCGAGAUGGCUUGCGGAGUCCUAAAGUGCGACAUAUCAGACUUGUCGCUCAUCUGCCUCCUGGGAUACAGCAUGCUGCUGAUGGUGACGUGCACGGUGUACGCCAUCAAGACGCGAGGGGUGCCCGAGACCUUCAACGAGGCCAAGCCCAUCGGCUUCACCAUGUACACCACCUGCAUCAUCUGGCUAGCUUUCAUCCCCAUUUUCUUCGGGACGUCGCAGUCGACGGAAAAGAUGUACAUACAAACGACCACGCUGACCAUCUCGGUGAGUCUGAGCGCAUCUGUGUCUCUGGGGAUGCUCUACAUGCCGAAGGUCUAUGUGGUGCUCUUCCACCCGGAACAGAAUGUGGCCAAACGCAGCACUCGCAGCCUGAAAGCUGUGGUCACUGCCGCCACCAUGUCUAACAAGUUCAACCCCAAGGCUAGCCUGCGGCCCAACGGAGAAGCCAAGUCGGAGCUGUGCGAGAACCUGGAAACUCAGGGACUCAGCCCUAAACAAACGUACAUCAGCUACAGCAACCACGCAAUCUAGAAGUGAGAUAGCGGAUGGUUGGAAGACCCCCACAGACAUGUUUCCAUUAAUGAAGCUUAUGUGAAGUCACACAGGGAGCAUCUGGGGAGGCCGAGACUGUUGAGACGGUGUGUCGGAAUGACGGUCUGUCACCCAGACUAUUCCAUUACAGCUUGCUCUGUCUAUUCCAGAUGUCAUUGUUAAAGUGAUUCACACUAAUUAAGGACAACAUGUCAGUGUCUGCUGUUUCAUUGACGCUAACACUAUGUGGUGGCUUUAAAAAAAAAAAGAAAAAAGUAUUUAAAAAUCAUUGGAGCUUUUUCCUCUUGUUUUCUCUUUGGUGAUGACAGCAGCAAAGACAAGUGACCAUUGUUUACAGAUGUUAAGCAUGCUGGUUUUGACAUCCUGUGCUGUGUUGUUUUUUCUUUCUUUAUUUCUUUUCCUUUUUGCAAAAAAAAAAAAAAGAACCUUCUGGAAUGCUGUUGAACUAUGUUGCUGUAUUGUUACCUCACCAUGGGCCUUGUGAAACUGUUGAAGAUGUACGAAGUGCUCUUUGGAGUAAUGUUUGCUUGUGCAUAAGUACACACCUUUGAGGAACUCAAAUUUGCCCUAUUGUCAAAAUGUGCUAUAACUGUCACAGUCACCUGUGCAAAUCUGAAAUCACAAUUUAGAAAUGGUGUGACGUUCGUCGAAUACUCGAAAUAUCGGAACCAACGUCUACUGGACCGGGGCGGCACGAGUGAGUCACUUUCAUACGAAUACAGCUAUCAAAGACUCUUCUGUGGAAAUUGGAAGAAUCACCACUUUCAAGUAAACCGACGGUUCUGAGCUCGGAUGAUGGAGUAGAUGACAGGAUCCUGUAUUCAUAUCUGGAAAUGUCAGGUGAUAGAGAGAGACAAGCUGAUUUGUCUCUUUAGAUGUUUGUGAAUUUAAGAUUCUGUUCUUAUGAUUUCUCCUCUCUUUGUUUUUGCACUGUUUGUGCUGCAGAAUAAAAUGUCUGUUGACCGUGAUAAAUGGCAACUUAAUGUGUAUUCCUGAUUGCUAAUGUUUGCUUUUCAUCCAAAAAGAGAGAAAAAAAACGUCAGAAACAGUGCCUGAAUUAAAGUAUUUGUAAAAUAAGACAUAUGAGGUAU